UGGCUCUCUGACCCUUGUUUGAAGAGGGUAUUUCAGAAACAUUGACGCAAGGCUGGGAGGAAGUGGAAAAGAGGUACCGAGGUGUGUCAAGGAAGGGGUACUGUAGAUCUUGGGGGAUCGAAAGGCCGACUUGCCGACGCGCAAAGAAUAUUGUCAGCCUUGUCUGUCGCGUAUCGAAACUUACCAUCUUUCACCAAUCCAACUACAACAGACGAGGCCAAUCCCACCACUAUCUGCGAUAUGCCACCUGAAUUGAUACCUGACGAUGAGGAAUAUGCUUCGGAAGAGGACUCGGACUUUGCGCCCGAUACAGCGCCUGCGAAAGGAGAUGAUGAAGAGUCUUCAGAUGAGGAAGCGGAGCCGGUUAUUACAGAGGUGAAAAGCAAACCUACGAAACGGAAAAGAGGCACCGAUACUGAAGAAGCUGAGGAUGCGGGAUUCGAGAACUCGGGCGAUGAAGCUAUUAUUGAGAGGGGAUUGAAGAGGCAGAAAAGGAAAGGGAAGAAGGGCAAAGAUGAAGCGCCACUAGAUGACGAAGGAGGGGAAGGUGGGUUGGUUAAGACGAGGAGUAUGAGGGCUGCUGAGUACAUAUUUCCCCCUUCGUCUAUAUACAAAUCUGCUAACAUACUACGCAAACAGAAAAACAGAGAAAAAAGUAGCCCUCCAAGACACAUCCAAAUCCACAGUCGACGUCGAUGCCCUCUGGGCCUCCAUGAUAUCCGGCAAACCCCUCACAGACCCCACCACCCAACCCCAACCCAGCUCCCCCAAAGCCUCCAACGGCCCAGAAUUAAAGCGCACAAACAUUUCUCCCGCCGUCAAAGAAAGGAAUCUUCGUUCACCAAGCACCAUAAACGACGGACCCCACUCCAUGAUCCUCAUAAAACGCAGCUACCACUUCGCCGGCAAACUACACCACGAACAAAAACUCGUCCCCAAGUCCUCCGCCGAAGCGAGACUCUUCCUCGCCUCCCAACCUGUCGAUUCUCCUACUCCUACUCCCACAUCUCCCCCCAAGCGAGCGCCGAAGAAGGCAAGACGCUCGAUCUUCGAACCGCAGGUUGACUUGCCUAUUCGCACGGAUCUGAAUCUAGGGGUGAGGAAGGAGGAGGAGAGGGUGGAGAGUAUGGGUAAGGAGAAGAAACUUAAUACGGUUGAGAAGAGCGCGAUGGAUUGGGCGGGCUUUGUGGAUAAGGAGGGGAUUGGGGAGGAGUUGGAUAAGGCGGGGAAGAGUAGGGGGGCUUAUAGGGAGAGACAGGAGUUUUUGGCGAGGGUGGAGGGGAAGAAGGAGGAGGAGGCUAGGAGGGCGAGGGGGAUU